GCUGUCCCCGGUCCCGCACCACAGGCGGCCUCCAGGCGACGGGCCGCCGCCUGCGCGAGGGGGCUCCGGCACGGGCGGCAGCAGGUUAGAAAUCUGAAACGAUGGGUGACUGGAGCUUUCUGGGGAGACUACUAGAGAAUGCGCAGGAGCACUCCACGGUUAUUGGCAAGGUUUGGCUGACGGUACUGUUUAUCUUCAGGAUACUGGUGCUGGGGGCCGCUGCUGAGGAGGUCUGGGGAGACGAGCAGUCAGACUUUACGUGCAACACUCAGCAACCUGGUUGUGAAAAUGUUUGCUAUGACAAAGCUUUCCCCAUUUCCCACAUCCGCUUCUGGGUGCUGCAGAUCAUUUUUGUCUCCACUCCAACCCUCAUCUACUUGGGCCACGUGCUACACAUUGUACGCAUGGAGGAGAAGAGGAAAGAGAAGGAAGAGGAGCUGAAAAAGAAGGGAAGCAUCAAGGACAGCAACUACCUGGGAGCAGCAGCAUCUGGCAGUGGUGGUGGUGGAGGAGGCAAUAACAUGAAGGAUCCUCUUGUCAAAAGGGGGAAAGAGAAGCUCCCAAUCCGUGAUGAACGUGGUAGAAUCCGCAUGGGGGGUGCCCUGCUCCGUACCUACGUCUUCAACAUCAUUUUCAAGACAUUGUUUGAGGUGGGCUUCAUUGUGGGCCAGUACUUCCUGUAUGGCUUUGAGCUGAAGCCAGUGUACCACUGCAGCCGCUCGCCUUGCCCGCACACCGUGGACUGCUUCAUCUCACGGCCCACUGAGAAGACCAUCUUCAUCAUCUUCAUGUUGGUGGUGGCUUCUGUCUCCCUGCUGCUGAACAUGCUUGAGAUAUAUCACCUGGGGUGGAAGAAGCUUAAGCAGGGUAUGACAAGCCAAUACAGUCUUGAGAUGCCUGUCACAGCAGUGACACCAGUCAUGGUAGCAGCGGAGUCCAAACCUGUUUCCCUGCCUCCACCAGCGCCACCCAUGGUGGUAACAGCUGCUGGACCCCCCCCUGUUCUGCCUGACACCCGCACUGUCACACCACUGCUGGCCCCGGUGACCAUGCCACCAUACUAUGCUGCGGCUAUUCCAAGAGCACGGCCCCCCUCCAAGACGGCAUCCAUAGCCAGCUACCCUGUCACUCCACCAGCUCCUGAGGAGAAGCACCGCGCUGUGACUCCCACGCCUGUCUCCACUCCUGUCACCAUCCCGACCCCCAUCCCGACGCCCACGUCAGCUGUCAUCAGCUACUUCAACAGCAACAGCCAUGCCCUGGCGACUGAGCAGAACUGGGUCAACGUGGCAGCGGAGCAGCAGGGGAAGGCGCCCUCCAGCUCAGCGGCCUCCUCUACCCCCAGCAGUGUCCGGCAGCUGCCUCCACAGCAGGAGGAGCCGCUGGAGCAGCUACUCCCACCCCCGGCUGGGCCUCCCGUAUCUGUUGCCAACAGCGGCAGCAGCACCAGCCUGAGUGGGGCAAGCGGCAGCAAAUGGGAUGUGGAGGGUGAGGAAGAGCUGUCGGAAGAACGGCCCGUCUCAGCUGCCUGCACCGCUGUGGAGAUGCAUGAGCCACCGCUGCUCGUAGACACACGGCGCUUAAGCAGGGCCAGUAAGUCAAGCAGCAGCAGAGCCAGGUCAGAUGACCUGGCUGUGUAGUGCGGUCCCCAGUGCCCGGGGGAGCAGAUGAUUGAGGGCAGAGCGGGCAGGGGAGCAGCCCACGGAGGCCAGGCCUGGCGUGGGGGGAGGCCUGGCUUCCAAACUUUGAUGCGUGCUGUUUUUGCACUCUGUGAGUUGUAGUGGGGAAAAAUAUUGACAUUUUCUAAUAGGUCAGGGGGUGGCCAAAGUGUGGCCCAUGGGCCAAGGGACCAAUCCCACUCUCUUUGAUGUCCAUGGCAGGUCUCCUGAGGGCAGCCAUACUGGAGGCCCGCACAGAUAACAGAUGAUAAUGGUAACUGGUCAUGUGCCCUGAGGCUGACUUUCAUCGAAGAAAAAUGUUCAUAUCCGUAGUGCCCAUGUGCCUGCCCAUCAUUUUUCUCUUGCCCUUGCCUGCACUUCCACUCUCUUUCACAUAAGCUCUUCAUGAACAGUUGCUAUGACUUAUUUUCCUUCCUGGCCUUAUGGCAGCCAUCAGGAUGGCAUAUUGCCUAUUGACGCCUGUCAUCUCCAUGGACCAACUUGCCAUAUUAAAGAUUGAGGUGGCUGCAGUCUCUUCCAUAUAACAAAAAUGAAUGCAGCCUUUGUGCUCAUGGCAAAUUACCAGUGUGGUCCUCUUGGCUGGGCAAAGUUUGGGUAACCCCUGUAGUAGAUUUAUCAUUUUGAGGUUCAUCUUUCUAUUAUUGUUUUUUACUCUUGACCUGUUAGGAAGUGUCUGGUUUGACCUUCUAUCCAGUGUUUGCCAAUCAUGACCACACCAUUUUUUUAAACCCACAAAUAUGUUUGAGCAUGUUUGAUUAUAAUUUUAGAUGACAUCUGAAAUUGCUUAGAGGAGGACAGGAAUCUAAACCACACACCUCAGAAAUUACUACACAGAACAAUUUCUCUUCAGAAAGCAAAGAUUAUGAUUUCAGUACAUUGUGGCCCCAUACGUUGCCCGUGGACAAACAAUAGGAUGAAAUAUGGCUCUGCAUUUUAGACUGUUAGGUAUUAGCUUAAGUUAGUUGGAAAGAUGCUUUGUAGGAGUAAACUCGAGUGCAUAGUUUUAAGUAUUUGAACAUUUUUAGAGUAAUUUUGAUCUGUAGGUUUAAAGUUACUUGACUGUGUACUUACUUAUUUUAGUUUGAUCUUUAAUCCGACAAGAAAAUGUAAGGAGAAAGAAACUUAACUAGUGGUAAAAGUCUCAAAGCAACUUUAUUUCCUGUUAUGUUUUACCCUUUUCUGUAACAGCAAUCUGUAGUGUCUUACAAGUCAGUAAAAACAGAUUUAGACAAUAUUGUAUUGCAGAAAAAGUGACUAGAAUAGCAGGGCAACAUGAUAGUGGAUGAAGGUCCUAUUCUGGUCCCACUGAGGUCAUAUGCAGAGUUUUUGUUCAGUUUCACAGAGCAGGAGAUUUGGGAUGGAUCAUGCCGGCCCUAUUCAAGCAAAACUAAAAUUCAGAUGGAGUUUUGGGUGCUACAAGGAAUGUAGGUUUGGGGCCCUAGAUAAAUGCAUAAAAAGCUUGCUUUGGAAAAGUUUUGCAUUUCCCUUAAAAAUGAGUGGAGGAAACUGCUGGGUAUUUCUUUCUAAGGUGCAGCUUUCCUUGCAAGUGGCUCAAUCCUUUAUUCCUUUGUAACAAAUUCUCUCGCAGAAUAUAGUCAGAAUUUCAAAUGCCCAAUAAGGCUGGAGAGAGUUUUGGGUACAAAAAGAAUGCAGGAUUAGACCCAGCUUCUGUUCUAAGCAUAAUACAAAUGAACUGAUGAUCAGAGUCAGUCCUAUUGCUGCUAUAAAUCUGAAGUAUGAUAACUGGAGAAGAGCAGUCAAACACACUGGAAUAGCCCUUUGCAUGUUCAAAGUAUUUGGCCUGGCAGUGCAGUCCUUACUCAGGCAAAGCAGGGUCCCCCUGUAGCAAAUAGUUACAAUUGCCAGUUAUCUCUGCUGUUAAGUGUUUUCCAGAAUGUGUUUAUUUUUUUAACACUUAAAAUGCGUUCCCACCAUUCAAGACUAAACUUUUAUUUUUGCUACUCUUUGAAUAGACACAAAGAGUUUUUCAGAUCAGAGGCACUGUUCUGCAACCCUUAAGUGUGUUGUCCCAUGACUUCUUUGACCUGCUUGUGUGAACCAGGUGAGGAGAAGUCUUUCUGCUGUCACUGAUCUUGGGAACAGACACUACAUUAAAGGUCAGUGUACAGUAUUACAAUAAAGAUAGCUGGUAUUAGGUAUACAGCUUCAUGCAUACUCUCGUGAGUUUUCUAUGUUACAAGCCAUAAAAACCUUUUUGCAAGAAAGCUAAAAGCUAAAUUCUGCUUUCUAUUCUAUCCAUGCAACUGUGCUGAACUUAGGUUGAAGUUGAUAAAGUUGCCUAAAUGUAAAAAAAAAGGCAGAGUUUAGCCCUCCAUUUUUUUAGAUUUACUAGCAAUUAUAGUAGCAAUUGUGUAAGUUUUGGUAAAUGCCAAGGAAUUUUAUCACUGAAGUAAUUCAGUAUGCAUCUCUGUAUUUUAGUACAGCAAAAUUCAUGGGCUAGAUUUACCUUUCUUUUAUGCUUCUGAAGAAUUCAAUCGAAGUCUCUCUGGAGUGUAUAUAUAUAAACAAGACCACCUGGAAUAUGUGUUUUUCUUGUAUUGAGUCCUGAGAGCAAAACUGAUCUUCUGUUUUAUGGAUCCAAAUCUUGCAGUCCUUAGCUUAGCACAACCCCUACAGAGUGUGUCCUGCAGGACUGCAUCCAUACUUGUAUAUAAAAAAUAACAACAGAGAUAGAUUUAACUUGCUUAGGAUCAACUGAUACUUAGUCUGCCUUUUUCAAAUUAACAUGUGUGGUUAGUCCUGCAGAGAGUCCAGGUAUUUUUUGUGGAAUAUGUGGCAUUUUCAGGCGGAGUCACUACUGGAAAGCUGUAAAAGACCAUUCAUUUCUGUUAUCUAAGGCUGGGGAGAGAAAUGUAACUCUACUGUAACCGCUAAGAGAAAUCUAACGGAACAACCUCCACAUCAAAUGCAUACUAGUCUGAGAAAAUAGUUGUAAGACAAAGCAAAGAUACAACUCACAAGUUGUGCUUUAAGAUCAGCUUCUUUAAGUUCUAUCAAACAGCUGUACAGUGUCAAGCUUCUUGGUUACCUACACUUUCAUUUGGAGUCCAAUAAUGUUUUUUUUAUUUAAGCCCAAGUAAUUGAUUCAGUAGAACUCUCCUUUAGUGCUUAAAACUCGCUUUAGUUGCUGCAUCACAUCUGGGAUCAGAUUUGUUGAAAAAAAUCUUACUGAUGUGGCAGAGCUGAGAUUUUCAAUUAAUCUUUACUCCUGAAAUUGUCACUGAAAUCAACAAUCUAUGAGUAAAACGUAAUAAUCAAACUUGGGAUUUGGCCUGAUCCACACUGUUACAUUAGGAUUGUAGGUCUUAAUUCAGAACUAAUGGAGAGAUUAUGAUAAAGCCUAGUUAUUUCACUUUUUACUCAAGAAAAAUACAUAUGGACAUUCUGCAGUGUUCUGAGCAAGAAAUACAGAUAGAAAUAUAUUGUAGAGUAUACAGGUAGAAAUUUCUAAGUAUAUAAAUAGAAUUUUUUUACAGAUACAGAUAGAAAUUACUAAGUAUAGCUCAGUAUACAGUUAGUAGCUGAUGUAUCAAAAGGCAUGCAUUUCCAUGAUUAAAGAUUUGCCCUAUAUUGAUAUUGAAAACCAGAUUAGCUCACAAUUUUCAACAGUUCUAAAAAAAUGUACAAACACUAACCAAUUUGCAUGGUAGAACAGAGUCUGUUAGCAAAAAUAUCUGUUAGUUUCCAAGUAAUUUACUUGUUCACAUUAAUCCGAAAGAGAGAAUUGGAAGGAAGUGAUACUUUGACUUGACCUGAUCCUGUGGCUGCUCUAGCCCUGUUUUGAAAGAUCUUAUACACAUACCUAACUCAAAGCUGGUAGGCGAGUUAUUGCAGAACUGGAAAUCAGGACAGAAUCAUCCCUGAUGUUAUUAAGCAAACUGAAAAAAAUACUCAUUUUUGCUCUGUGAAUAGGUGGAUUGUGGGAAGGUUGUUUUCUGUCUUACUUGAGGUUAAAGAAAUGCUAAGGUAUGCAGAAGAAAAGAAGAAAAACAAAAAAAUAUAGUAUUUGAAUAAGAUACCAGGUGUAUGGCAUGCUACAUUGUUUUGCAAUAAAUAAAUUUACUGGUACUAGUUGACCUGGUUUGAGCAAGGAGGUGGGACUAGAUGGCCUCCAGAGGUCCCUUCCAACUGCAACUGUUCUAAUGAAACUUAUUUUCCAAAUCACUGAUUUCACUAGUACUUUUUUCAUAAUAGUUUUACAAGAAUGUAGUAAAAAUACAUGUGUAUUAGCACAUUUCUUGGCCAUGGGCACAGUUAAUCUGUUUUCUAUCACUGGGCUUUUUUCAUUAGUGCAGCUGUCAGUUAAUACAAAAGCAAAUGAAGUACAGACAAUUUACAACCCCACAGUUCUUCCCUUUGUAUUUUGAUUAAAUGAAAACAGCCUGCUAGAACCUUCCCUGUAUUAAAAUGGGAUACUUUGUCUGUGAAAAUCAAUCUCUUGCUUUUCAUAGAGAAAAAAGUGCUUCUUGAAUUGUUAGUCUUAUUCUGACAUUGAACAAAUAAACUUCUUCGAAGUAAGUAGAAUGUCCUGAAAACACAGGCAAAAUGUGUUCUUCUCUGGUGUGAUUUGGAAGCCAGUUGGUAUGCAAAGGGGAAGUGGUCCCGAAGACUGACUUGGCUCAGUACAUUUGUUCUUCAUAAAGGCACUUGGAGCUAAUUAAAUGUCUGACAUAUUGCAGUUCUUGAGAUUAUUUUCUGGUAUGAAUACCUAAGUGUACAAUCAGCAAAAUAAUUAAGGCAGGCCUUAAAAAUCAAAUCAGUACUUAGGUCCUUUUUUGGUUAGAUGUGGGACCACCUCCUCAGCUGAUGCAAAUUGUUGUAUUUCACUGAGUUCACCUGAGUGACAACAGUCUGUACAAACAUAGCAUUGAGCCCCCCAGUCCCUUUUUUUUUUUUAAUGUAGGCAUUAACACCAUGAAUUUGAACAGGCUGGGCUUUUUUUUCCAAAUAUUUUUUGUUUCAUUUACUGUGAUUUUUCUUGUGAAAAGUUUGCUCUUGUAUUUCGAAUUUCUAAGGUUUACAUUCAGUUUUUGAUUUCAGAUUGCACAUUUGGAUGAAAUAAACUGUUUUAUAAGUUUACAUUUGUAUAAAGAGUAAAAGAAUGACUCUGCCAAUAUGUUAAACCUAAAAAAGAAAUGUCUUACUAUAACACAGGAACUCUUCAGGCAUAAGGUGGUACCAUUAAAGAAAAUUAAUCCUGACUACUGAUCUAUAGUAUCAGUUUUCUUUAUAUACUUAAAACAUGGGAGCCGGAUAUAUAGAGAGCACGUGAUGGAAAAAGAAACUUUUCAUCGUGAACUCAAUUAUUACCAAAUAAAUUUAGGGCUUAUUAUUAUUUAUAUGCCUUUUGUGUGUUUGGAAGUUCAGUGACAAAAAUUAGCUGUGAUACGUGUCCUCUAAGUGAUAAAUUUGCAGCCUGGUUUAAAAUUCCAAACAAAAUAUUUAUGGAGAAACAUUGCACUGUUAAACUGUAUAAGAUUUUACAAAAGCUAAAUGUUUUGUUUUCCAGACAAAAAUACAGUUCUGAGCCUGCAAAUACAAUUAUAUGUGAGUAAUUUUUACUCUUGCAAAUAGACCAUUAAAGGUAAUGGGACUGCUUGCAUAAGCAAAAAGUACUGAUGUAAAAAAGAAAUUGCAGAUUUGUUUUAAGUUUGUUUUAAGAUGCCAGUCAAAUUCUAGAAGUUUCAGUCACUUAGGAGUUAUGCAAGAAAUGUGAACAUACUUUAAGAUGUGGAAUAUAUUCCUAUUCCCAUUUACACAGUUUCUCACAAUUAUAAGGUUGUAUAGCAUAAAAAAGGUUACUCAGAGUUUUCUUCUUGCCUUCCGGUUGUUUGUCUUCUACAUGACAGAAUCUCACAACAAAAAUAGCGAGUUUUCUGGACUAUCAGGGACUUGUAAUAACAAUAAAAGCAGCAGCCAGUUAAUAUGCUGUCUUGAAAGAAGUGCCUUGUGUAUUAAAUUCUGUAAGAACCAGUUGAUGUGUUAAUUUACCUCAAGUGUUUACAAAAUCAUGACUAAAUAAACUUUUUGUACCACA